AUGACGAAGAUGAUGCCACGUGACUCUUCAGCGAGUGGAGAGUUGGUGCAGAGCGACUCGGCGGCAAUGGCGGCUGCCGCGACGGCGGCGACCACGGUGGUGGGGAAGCUCCUAUUCCCGCUGCUCACGAGGACGAACUACGCGGCAUGGGCGAUGAGGAUGAAGUACCUCUUGCGCGCCAACAACGCGUGGGGUGCCAUUGAUCGCGAGGCCUCAUCGAAGGUCGACAAGGGAAAGGAGGAGAUGGCCAUGACGAUCAUCUCCCAGUCCAUCGACGACUCAACGCUGCUGCGAGUAGUGGAGAAGGAGACCGCAACCGAUGUGUGGGCGGUGCUACGCUCCAUGCAUGUGGGCGUCAAGCGCGUCCGGGAGGCGAGGGUUCAAUCCUUGUGCUCGGAAUUUGAUGGCCUCAACAUGGGUCAUGCGGAGUCCGUGGAUGAUUUCGCGGUGAGGUUCACGAGCUCUAGGGGCUCAUCCGUGAGCUUGGUGAUGGGAUGGAGGAGAAGUACGUAG